GGCGACUCAAAGUCACCGCGCCAUCACGAUGGAGUGGGUGCGUUAAAGCAGAUCGUUAUCGUGUAUAUAUUCGAUGUUCGGCGAUUUAAAGAUAAGGCGUAUUUAAAAAGACGCAUGAACUUGGAACGCUUUUUAAAUGAUAAGCCGUUCGCGCGGAAGAAGGUCCCUUAUCUCGCGUGUGAUUAAGUGAAAUCUGUGCACCGGUUAAAUGUUAGCGAUGGAAGAACAGUGUCGUCAUCCAGCGACCGAAGGCAUAAAAGAAGGCGACACGGUAUUGGAUCAGGGUUACCCGCUAGCCGAGAGCCCUUUGGAUUUGAGGGGAUCAGCGAUCGACGUGAUCAAAAACGAAGAAGAGUAUAACAAGGGCAAAGACAAGAAGAAAUCGGGACACCAGCUGAUCAAACCUCCGUACUCGUACAUAGCGUUGAUUACGAUGGCGAUACUGCAGUCACCUCAGAAAAAGCUGACGCUGAGCGGCAUAUGCGAGUUUAUCAUGACCAGGUUCGUUUAUUAUCGGGAAAAGUUUCCCGCGUGGCAGAACUCGAUCCGCCACAACCUGUCGCUCAACGAUUGCUUCAUAAAAAUCCCGAGGGAGCCAGGGAACCCGGGAAAAGGCAACUACUGGACUCUAGAUCCGUUAGCAGAGGAUAUGUUCGACAACGGCAGUUUCCUAAGAAGAAGGAAACGUUACAAGCGGCCUUCGCCGAGUCUGAUGCUCAGAGAUCAUCACGCGUCGGCUAUGGUCGCUUCUUUCCUGCAAAGUCAAGAAAAUUACCACUCUGGUUUGUUCUCGCACCCCGGCUUGCACAAUCCCUACAGUUACUUGCCCAGCAUACCGCCGAAUAUGCCUAUUUUAAGUCCGAUGGAUUUGUCGAGGUUAGGAAUACCUCAUUUAGGGUUGCUCCCUCAAGCGAAUAUUUGCAAGCCGGUGCCGGUGCAGCCGCCGCAUCAGGAUACGGAAGAUUACCUACCGACGGACGUUCACAAGAAAUCCAAAAACGGCUUUUCGAUAGAUUCCAUAAUAGGCAACGGGGGUAAGCACACGGACGAAGCAGUGAGUUCCAGAAAGACUUCCGAAAGUCCGGAUAUCGUGCUACGCAAGAUACCCAAUCAGUUGUCAGCUUUUUCACCGUUGUCGGUGGCCGAGGAAUGGGCCAGAUGAAACCACUAGUAUGAUUAGCGAUUCUCUUGUAAAAUAACGAACAUCUCACGAAAGACCAAAGACGUAAAACAGACUUUAAUGUGAUUUAAUCGUUGCAAUAUUUAUUAAGUAGGUUUAUGAUUUAUAGUCGCGAAUGUAGAUACAAUCUCAUUAAUAUCGAUUACAAAGUUUCUUUAUACUGUGUAUAGAAGUAAUGUUAAAACUUAGUUCAAUAAGUUUUAAGGAUCUCUUUUAGUCGUUUAUUUGAGCGAAGCGGAUGAAAUAAACUUGAUUGUAUGUAUAAAUAUAUA